AUGAAGUGUAAUAAAUUAGAGGAAGGGAUUGAGGUCAUAAAGGAUGAAAAUAAUGAAUGUCUUGAAGAUAUUAUAAAUAUCAUAAUAGCAGUAAUAGCUCAUACUAGGACUCAGUUGGAUCAGCUAGAAAUUAAAGAAAAUUGA